AUGAGAGGUGGAAAAAGAACCGCGAAGAAAGAAGAAGACGAAGUGGAACAAAUGUUACGCGCCGCACAAGACGAGAUUCUCUUAAACCUCUCCCUCAACUCUCACUUAUCUCGUCCUUCUCCUUCUUCCUCUACUAUUCUCCGUCCCAAUCCCGAUCCUGAUUUGGAUCUCGAUCUCGACCGUCGAUUUCAAGCCCUAAAAGUAAAUUCCAAAUCUCAACAACCGUUGGAUCCCUCCACCAGAUUCGAUGCACUCAAAGCCAAAUUGCAUCAUCCUGUGAACGCUAACGACGUCGUCUCCGCAUCGGAACCGCCGUUUCAAUAUGAAGAAAGUGACGAGGAAGAUGAAGAGGCGCAAAUUCAGAAAUUGAUCGAAUGGGCGAAAGAUGCUGCGCGGCUUGAUCCUUCUCCUCCGUCUCCGGCUGUUUCAGACGAUGAAGAUGACGGACCGUCUGUAUCGGACGAUGAAGAAGACGAAGAUGAUGAUCACCGCAAAUCGUUGAAAUAG